AACACCAAAAAGAACAAGAAACCAAGAUUUUUUACUUUUAUAUUGGUGUGUGGAUCGGUUUCAAUCUUUGAUCGGUUACAGUAUUUCUAAAACCCGUUAACUUUGCCACAUAAUGAAACCGAAUCACAUCAGUUACUAAUAAACUCAGCAACCACAACCAAAACCAAAUAUUUACGAUUCUGCCACCCAGAAAAAAAAAGUCAACAAAACUCAAAUCGUCUUCAUCUCUCUCACAACUGAACACAGACUAACAAACCUUAUAUACAUACAUAUAUAUAUAUGUUCAACUCCCUUGUUCGAACAUACAUAAACCGUCAAACCCUAAUCUCAAUCCGAAACCUCUACACUUCAAUCCUCUCUUCAUUUUCCCCCAAUAUGAGCACCGACGAUGCUCCACAACCCGUAUUCGACCCGACUACACCAUCCACACCCGUAUCUUAUCCGAUCAAAACCCUAGAGGAGCUGAAACAACGUACCUAUUUCAAUUCGUUUCAUUUUCAGUUCAACAAAGCCUCGGUUCCGUUAAGUUGUAACGGCGUUGACGGUGUUAUGCUGCCGAAUAGACGGAGGAUGAUGGUGUGUCAUGAUAUGUCGGGUGGUUAUACUGAUGAUAAGUGGAUUCAAGGUGGAAGUAAUGGUGAUAGUUAUGCGAUUUGGCAUUGGUAUUUGAUUGAUGUGUUUAUUUAUUUUUCGCAUACUUUGGUUACUUUGCCGCCUCCUUGUUGGGUUAAUGCUGCUCAUAAGCAUGGAGUUAAGGUGUUGGGAACUUUUAUAGUGGAGUGGGAUGAAGGAAGAGCGAUUGCCGAGCAGUUUUUGGCAACAACGGCAGAUGCGAAGAUGUAUGCUGAGCGUUUGGCUGAGCUUGCUGAUAAAUUGGGCUUUGAUGGCUGGCUGAUAAAUAUGGAGGUCACUUUGAAUGUCGAAAAGAUUCCUAUUUUGAAAGAGUUUGUUGACCAUUUGACCAAGACUAUGCAUUCUGCAGUUCCUGGAUCUUUAAUUAUAUGGUAUGAUAGUGUUACGACUGACGGUCAACUGAACUGGCAAAAUCAAUUGAACGACAGUAACAAACCCUUUUUUGAUGUAUCCGAUGGCAUAUUCUUGAACUAUUCCUGGCAGGAAGAUUACCCAAGCCUUUCCGCUGCUGUUGCUGGUAACAGAAAGUUCGACGUCUACAUGGGAAUUGAUAUUUUCGGUAGAGGCUCUUAUGGUGGUGGACAAUGGACAACAAAUGUGGCACUUGAUGUAAUAAAGAAGAAUGAUGUGUCAGCAGCCAUGUUUGCUCCCGGAUGGAUUUACGAGACACAGCAACCCCCUGAUUUUCAGACGGCUCAGAAUCGGUGGUGGGACCUUGUUGAGAAAUCGUGGGGAAUAUCUCAAAUAUAUCCUAAAGUUCUUCCGUUCUACUCAAACUUUGAUCAGGGUCGUGGUUACCAUUUAUCUAUUAGUGGAAAUCUAGUAUCAGAUGCACCUUGGAAUAAUCUUUCGAAUCAAAGCUUUCAGCCAUAUCUUGAGUUUUCUGGAGAUACUGAAACCAAAACGAUUCAAGCAUUUGUUGAUUUUAAACAAGCAUCUUAUAGUGGAGGAGGUAACAUUACGUUUAAAGGAGUCCUUGAAGGCGAUGCUUAUAUCACAAAAAGAAUUUUUCAUGGCGAAAUUCAUUCAAGAAAUUCACCACUUCGGUUUACAUUCUCGGUGAAAGCAGAAGGGAGCUCGGUGAUUGGUCUAUCUCUCGAAUUCACCAACACCAACGAUGACGUGGAAAAGAAAACAUCGAUUCUUCUUGCUUCAUGGGGAGACAAAUUGCUAACCAUGGAACGGUUUUCCGGUAAAUUUAGCACCGUCAUAAUGCCACAUCACGUGAACAAACUCGAAACAGCACCAGAAUGGAUCAUACAAGAGAGUGAUGUCACACCGCAAGAAUCCACGUUAACGGGAAUUUACGCUCUAUGCUACAAAUCAGAUCCUAAAUCGUCAUCAUCCGAUUAUCAUGCAGUUCUUGGUCAUAUUUCGAUUCAAGAUUCUGCAAACAACAUGAUUUUCCCGCCAGCCUCAGAAUGGCAUGUCGAAAGCCAAAACGUCAACUGGAAAACCGAUCCUCAGGGGAACAAAACCGUUUCUCUUAAAAUUCUAUGGAAAUUGAUCAAUGAUGCCGCUUGUGUAUUUUCAAAGUACAAUAUUUAUGUGGAAAAUGAAACAAAUGAAUCGGCACAAGCAUCAAAGUAUGUUGGAUCAGCGUUAGUGAAGGCUUAUUAUGCAACUGAGCUUUUGGUUCCGGCUGGUGUUACGAGCCUUAGAUUCAUCAUCCAAGCUUGUGGUAUGAAUGGAGAUUUGCAGGAGCUUGUUGAUGCUCCAUUUCUUCGGUUGCGUGUUGAAGAUUUGUAGAUUGAUUGCCUUAAAUUCAUCUAAUAAUGAUUUUAUUGAUCUGUAAUCAACUAAUCAUGUAUCAUGCUGAUGAUGUGUUCCUAGAGUUCAAACUUCUGAUUAAGUCAUAUACACAUAUAGAACUGAUUGUGACA